UAUCAUUCUAUCAGCCUGUAUUUUCAAUUUUGAAUUCGAUUUUUGGUUUUAUCUGAAAUAUUCUCAAAUUAGUUGAAAUUACAAAUAUUUCUGAUCUGUUUGUCAGCCGGUGGACAUAAAAAAUGGAUAAACCAGUAGUAUUAUCGAGAGUUUUGAAGGUUUUGGGCCGAACAGGGUCGCAAGGUCAAUGUACGCAAGUUAAAGUUGAGUUUAUUGGUGAACAAAAUCGUCAAAUCAUUAGAAACGUAAAAGGUCCCGUGCGUGAAGGUGAUAUACUUACACUCCUUGAAUCCGAAAGAGAAGCAAGAAGACUUCGAUAAUGUUUUUAAUGCAAGUAUGGAAUUUACCUUGAAUAUGAAUAACGGAAACAACAACAUGUAAUUCAAUUUAUGUUAUUACAAUUAUAAUACAUUCAUGCAUUAAAA